AAAAAAAAAAAAAAAAAAAAGCAACUAACCCUUACACACACAACAACUGUAACCUUCUCUUCGUCGUCGUAUGUUCUCGGAGCUCCGGCUCCCUUAACGGAGCCCAGCUCAGUAAUCAAAACCAGUAACUCUGCAUUCUUAAAUUAUAAAAGCUAAGGAUCUUUCAUUUCCUGAUUUUCCGUUUGCAGAUCUUUAAUUUCGUCUUACUUUUUUUCCUUGUAAGCAAUGUCGAAAGCUUGGGGUGCCAUCGGCGAUUGGGCCGCCGAUGUAGAGCGUGAGGAGCGGGAAGCGGCUGCCGAAGCAGCGGCAGCAGCUGCUUCGGGCGUAUCCGCUGAGUCUCAGAACUUCCCUAGUCUGAGAGAGGCCGCCACGAAGCAGAAGAAGAAGAAAAUGACUCUCAAUGAGUUCCACACCUCUUCUGGCGGCUUAGGCACCGGUCGCGCGUUAGAAUCUAAAGGUUUAACUCCCGACGAGAUGCUUCGGCUACCUACUGGUCCUAAAGAGCGGUCCGCUGAGGAAAUGCAGUAUGGACGACUUGGUGGCGGGUUUUCCAAUUAUGGGAGGUCUGGUCCGCCUCCCGGCCGUAUGCGUGACCGCGAUGAAACCGAUGGAGGGUCCUGGGGAGGUGGUAGAAGGCAGUAUGGUGGAUUUGAUGAAGAGCGAAGGGGUCCACCUUCUAGGGUUUCUGACUAUGAUCAACCCUCGCGAGCGGAUGAGGUUGAUAAUUGGGCAAUGACGAAGAAACCACUCUCUUCAUUUGAUUCCGGUCGUCAAAAUCGUUACGGUUCGCUUGGUAGUGGUGGUGGUAUGGGAGGUGGUUCUAGGGCUGAUGAGGUUGAUAAUUGGGGAACUGCUAAAAAACCCCUUCCUACUAGAUCUUCCACUUUUGGUUCAGGUUUUCGUGAUUCUGGACCCGAGCCUGAUCGGUGGACGAGAGGAGGAAAUCGUGAGCCAGAGCGGGAGAGGCCUAGACUCGUUUUAGAUCCUCCAAAGGGUGAUGUUGCAGCUAAUGAGUCGGUUAGAACAAAUAGGCCAAAUCCAUUUGGAGCAGCUAGGCCGAGAGAACAGGUUUUGGCUGAAAAAGGAUUGGAUUGGAAAAAGCUUGAGUUGGAGAUUGAAGCUAAGAGGACAAGCGCGCAUUCAAGCAGGCCUACCAGUGCACAUUCAAGCAGGCCUUCAAGUGCGCAGUCAUCCAGGUCAGAGGGUCCAGGACUGCAGCAGGGAUUAGAGAAUUUGUUGUCAAAGCCAAGGCCAAAGGUGAAUCCUUUUGGAGACGCAAAGCCUAGGGAAGUGUUGUUAGAGGAAAGAGGUCAGGAUUGGCGGAAGAUUGAUCUUCAAUUGGAGCAUCGCAGCGUGGACAGGAGCGAAACAGAGGAGGAGAAGUUAUUGAAAGAAGAAAUAGAGCAUUUAAAGGAGCGCCAGAAAGAACUUUUAACAAAAGGUAAUAGGGAAACUCUGCAAGGGUCUGAUGGAGACCAAUCCAAUUUACAAGAUAUAAUAUCUCUGAAAGAAAAGGAAUUAGAGCAGCUCAUUCGUGAUUUGGAUGACAAAAUUAGAUUUGGACAGAAAGCCGUUGACAGGCCAGGUUCUGGGUCUGGCCGGGGUAGCUUCUCUGAGAGACCAUCUUCUCAAUCUGGGUCAUUUGAUGAAUCUAGAAGUGUGGAAUACAUAGAUAGGCCUCAAUCACGUGGUGCACAAGAUGCUUGGACAAGGCCAAUUGAAGACAGAAGACCAUUUCAAAGUGGCAAGGAAAGAGGAUUUCUGGGCAGCAGAGACUUUGACAGGUCAAGGUCAAGGGAGAGAUGGUGAGCAACUGAUUUGUAGAUUCAUCAAGUUCUCUCUUCAGCUUUUGAAAACCGGAGCCAAAUAAUAUUUUGCCUCAAUUUUACUUUUUUUGUUAUUAUUGUUCUCUUGUUUCUGCUCUGGGAAAUGGAGCAAGGAUUAUUGAGUACUAGCAUUGGGAACGGUCGCGUUAAUCUAUUGUUUCAUUUUGAAACUAUGUAAAAUUGCAUUUUUCCGCCAUCUUUCUUCUGUUUGAGAAAACGAGCCUGUAUUAUUUUGUAGGACUCAAAUUUUAAUGAACACCAUUGGACUUGCUAGUUUAAUUUGGUGAUUAUUUUAAGUUGCUUAUAUUUGAGAAAGCUACAUUCCUUUGUUA